UCUUUUAAAAUAUUUUGCAGAGUAACGAGAAAGGAAACUAGCUUUUUUAAUAUUCACUGUACUACCUUACCAAGAAAGCCUACUAGGAUAAUGCCAAAUUCUUGUUCAAAUGAAAAUGAUAUGAAGUUGUUGUUUUUGGGCGUGGUAGUUGUGACACUGAGCAUCAACGUAUCGAAAGCAUACCAAGUGCAUGUUGUUCACAAUGUUGAAAUAGUGCUUCCAGAGUGUUCUACCGAAGGCGGCGACUGGGUUUGGAAUAGAUGUGUCUGUAAAUCUGGAUUUACCGGAUCAGCAUGUGAAAUCUACAUGCAUGAAUUGUUUAACAAUGAAGAAAAUAUCAAAUCGUUACAAAGAACACAAAAAUCGAAUUUGCGAGAUUACACUUUGAAUGAAUAUUUAACACCGAAAGGGAGAAUGAAAAGGCAAGCUCUUUCCAACGAAAAUACAGAAGGUUCUGGGUCUGGAAGUGAAACAAUUUUGACAACCGAGCAAAGUACAAUUGCUGAACAAACUCCAACAACAGAACAAAACACAACUGAAGAUGGUCAAACCACCACAGCCGAGCAAAUCACAACAACGGUCGGUGGAAUAACCUGUUCCAACGACGAGCAAUUUUUCAACGGAGAGUGCGUUGCUAUAAGUGCAUUCGAUUUCAGAGCUCGAGUGGACAAAAUCUUUAACGAAAACUUCAGCGAUUUAACUUCUGCAGACUCAGUAACUUUUAUCCAAGAGUUUACAGAUAAAGUAAUGGUAGCAAUGGCUGACAAAGGCUUGUUAUCCAUCAUGGUUAAUCAAUUGAGAAACGGCUCAGUAAUCGUUGAUGGAACCGUUAAUUUUAAUAAGUCGCUCGAGUUGAAAACUUUGGACGUCGGUGAACUGUUUCAACGGAAUGUACCGGAUUUAUUGAGUGUAAGCGUUGCAGAUUUUGACGAGUGUAGGAAAUCAGAGAGUAACACCUGCGACUUGCAAACGACAACUUGCGUUAAUACCGACUCCAGUUUCGAGUGUGCCUGCAAAGCCGGAUAUCUAAGCAAGAACACUUCAAAAACAAGUUGUAACGAUGUAUGUACAGACUUCACUUGUCAAAAUGGAGGAUUCUGCGCGUCGGGUAAUAACAACGAAGCAAUAUGUAGAUGUUCCGGCUCAUUUUACGGAUUAAAAUGUGAAAAGAAUGAUUAUUCAUGGAGACAAGCAGCUAUUGGUGUAGCGAUUGCCUUGGCUGCGGUUCUUUUCUUGAUACUUGUAGUACUGCUGUAUGUUUUCUGUCGUACAAGAACUGGAAAGAGCGAGUUUACGGACAUACCGCUGGUGACAGGUUUCCGACCAAAGUCAGAAGAUACUCCAAAGAGUUAUACGAAUCCAAGCGAUGUACAAGAAGGAGAAGUUGAAAGGUAUCAGUCCGACAAUGGUGCUUUAACAAGUAGUACAACAACGUUUAGGCCAGAGGUUGCAAACACUGCAACGGAUGAUGCAAUGUGAUGGAAAUUUUCUUCAUCUUUGUAUUACCGUGCAACAACUAACACAUUAACCACUUGAUUUUGUUGUUUAUCUUGCUUUUUGAACUCACUUUUUUACACGAAGAGAAAUGAUGAAAGUAUUUAAACACGCAGUUAACAUAUAUUUAUUUUCCGCAGUUGCUUUUGUAGCCAUUAUCCCGGUUUCAUCUACGUUAGUGUCCUGGUCUUAACUGCCCAAUAGCACGUUUAACAGUUGCUAGAAACUGAUGUCUAAGCGUGUGUUUGAAGAAUAUAUUUCUUACAUUUACUUUAUAACAUAAACGAUAUUAAACAACUUCAUGAGUUUG